AUGUCUCAGGAAUCGUGGCGACCGAGCGACCCCACCACCUUGCUCAUCCCCAAGGCCCGGGGAGGGCGAGCACAGCAAGCCCUCUACCUGCUCCUGGCUCUGUGUGCCACAGCGCUGUACCUCGCCAGGGAGCCCCUCGCGCCCACCGCCCGCAGCUUCACCUCCCACUUUGUGGCCCUGCAGAUCGGGGUGCUGCUUAAGGGCACCUGCUACCUGGCCGAGGAGAUCUUCCACCUCCAGUCCAGGCACCAUGGCAGCUUCUGGAGGGUCCUGAGCGCCUGCUUCCCCCUGCGCUGGUACAUGCCUAUGCUGCUCGCCUCUGGCUCAGCCUACGUGGCUCUUCUCUAUGGAGACGGGCAACCGCUCAGCCUUCACCUCAGCCUGGCCAGCCUGUGCCAGCUCCUCAUCCUCGCUCUGGGGCUCCACAAGCCCUCAGCAGUGGAAAUGUCUGAGAUGUCUGAGAGGUCCAAGCAGAACGUUGCUCAUGGGCUUGCCUGGUCUUAUUACAUUGGGUACCUAAAAAUAGUCCUGCCACGGGUGAAAAAGUCAAUGGAGGAAUUCAUCAGAGCCAACCCCAAUGUGCUGGCCUGCAGGGAGACCUGGAAACUCCACAUCUUGGUCCCUCUGAGCUGUGAUGUCUAUGAUGACCUGGAGAAAGCUGACAGCAAUAUCCAGUACCUGACAGACCUCACUGAAACCACCUUGACUCGAGCUGGCACCAAAAAAAGGGUCUACAAACACAGCCUCUAUGCAAUCAGGGAUGAAGACAACAAGCUCUGGCACUGCGCAGUGGAGUUUGCCACCCCACUCCAGUCCCUCUACGCCAUGUCCCAGGACGAGUGUGCUGCCUUCAGCCGGGAGGACCGUCUGGAGCAGGCCAAGCUUUUCUACAGGACAUUGGAGGAGAUCCUGAAAGGCUCCAAGGAGUGCACGGGUACCUACCGGCUCAUUGCAUACGAGGAGUCGGGUGAAGCAGAAACCCACUUCUUGUCCAGAGAGAUGCUGCGGCACCUCCGGCAGCAGCGUCACGAGGAGUAUGCCGUGUGUGAGGGGAGCCAGCCGCACAACCCAUCCACGACCCUCAGCUCAACAGAGCUCAACCUCCAGAUAAGCCAGUACGACCUGCAACAGCCUAUGUGCGAAGCGACUGCUUGUAAAGCACCGCAAGUGCCACCCAUGGCAGCGAUCCCCAGCCUCCUGCAGGAACUGCCCACCAAAAGCUCCUAUGCCUGA